AUGUCGACUGGUAAUACAGAAUCUUCGGACGCGCCUGUCGUUCCUAGAGACGUAAGGCUUCUCCACCUUAUUUUCGCAACCCAGGGUAUCCAAAAUUAUCACGACCAUGUGCCGCUACAACUCAUGGACUUUGCCCACAGAUACACGACUUCUGUUUUGAAGGACGCCGUGGCAUACAAUGAUCAUGCUAAAAACAAUGUUAACACUACAAGCUCCACAAGUACGGUGAACACCGACGACAUUCGUUUGGCCAUAGCUGCCAGAACCAACUAUCAGUUCAAACCCACGCCGCCUAAGGAGCUCAUGUUGGAAUUAGCACAUGAAAGAAACGCCAAGCCGCUUCCGCCUGUUAUUCCCAAGUGGGGCCUCAAUUUGCCACCUGAGAAGUACUGCCUCACGGCGAGAGACUGGGACAGUUUGGAAGAAGAGCAGGAGGAGAGCUCCAAGAAGAGAAAGCAGUGA